CACCUAUUUGCAUGUGGCUGCAGUGUUUAUAGCAACAGCAGCGGAGUAAUUUCGUUACCAAAGGAAACCACACAAAAAAAGCUAAUUUGAGUUCCAGAACUCAUUGAAUUUCUCUUUUUUUUUCCUCGUUCACUAUCAUCUUUAGCAACCAUGCUGAACGCCUUUGUUCAAUCAAUCACGAGACCAUCCGAACUGCAGGCUCUGUUUUCAUACAAAUUUGCGCCAAAGACCGAAAACAUUCGUCGCCAUCGACAAAACCUCACCAAAGAUGAAAAUAAGAAACGGUGCUACGACUUUUUGAACAUGACAUCGCGUAGUUUUGCUGCAGUCAUCCAGGAACUGGACGAUCAAUUGCGAGAUGCUGUGUGCUUGUUUUAUUUGGUGCUGCGUGGUUUGGAUACAAUUGAGGAUGACAUGACAUUGCCGUUGGAUCGUAAAGUGGAGUUGUUGCGUUCGUUCGAUAAGGUUAUAUAUCAGCGUGGAUGGACAUUCAACGAGAACGGACCCAAUGAAAAGGACAGAGAACUGCUGGUCAAAUUCGACGUUGUGAUCGACGAAUUCUUAAAACUCAAUCCCAAGUUCCAACAAGUGAUUGCCGAUAUUGCCCGAAAGAUGGGCAACGGCAUGGCCGACUAUGCUACGGGCGAACACCGCGAAAACACAUCCGUUGCCACGAUCGCCGAUUUCGAUCUCUACUGCCAUUAUGUCGCUGGUCUCGUCGGCCACGGUCUUUCAGAUCUCUUUUCUGCAUCUUCUCUGGAAGCGCCCUCUGUCGCAGCCAACACGACACUUUCCAACAACAUGGGUCUGUUUUUGCAAAAGACCAACAUUAUCCGGGAUUAUCGAGAAGAUCUGGAAGAAGGACGCCAGUUCUGGCCUCGCGAGAUCUGGGGCGACUAUGCAGACGAUUUUGCCGAUUUUAUCAAGCCGGAGCACACGGAUAAGGCCCGUGCGUGUUUGAAUGCCAUGGUUUUGAACGUGUUGGAUCUUGUACCGGAUGUCUUGACGUACAUGGCGCAGCUUCGUAACCAAUCUGUAUUUAACUUUUGCGCCAUCCCCCAAGUCAUGGCGAUUGCUACCCUCGCUCUCGUAUUUAACAACAUGGACGUCUAUCAACGCAAUAUCAAGAUCCGCAAAGGCGAGGCGGUGGAAUUGAUUUUGGCUGCUACAAGCAUGGAUAAUGUCGUUUCAGUUUUCCGUCACUAUGUCCAUGAGAUAUCCAAAAAGAAUGACGCUCGCGACCCUAACUUUUUGGCCGUUUCCAUGGCAAUUGGCAAGAUUGAACAGUGGAUUACCACCAACAUUCCUGCUUCAAGCACAAAGGUACAACGAGCAAACUCAUCGUACUUGUCACCUAUUCUUGUGUGUAUCAUUGCCGUGGUCGCCUUGAUUCUUUAUCAAAGCAUGCUCAGCUAGAAAGUAAAUUUGAACGAUUGAAAGAGAAAGACAAGACCUAUUUUCUAUUACAUAUAUAAAAAUUUCUAGAACAAAAUACCCGUUGAAACGCUAAUAAAAAAUAAUCUCUUCUGUUUUAAUAAGAAAAUUAUU